ACGGGUUAACCUGACGAUUGUUAGUGCUUGUUACUUGGUUCUAUGAACAUCCUUACUGUACCGACAGCGAUAUAUAUAUUUGUUUCUCUUUCUUCUGACAGAUGUACUUAUUGUAAGUCGCUUUGGAUAAAAGCGUCUGCUAAAUGCCCUCAAUGUAAAUGACACACACUGAGGGAUUCGGCUGUGUCUGAUGGCUGCAGCACGUUGCUUGUUGCUUCACAAUGUGCACGGUGUUUGAAAUGUGGAGGAGUCAUGGCGAUAUUAAAAGAACAUUUCAAACAUAUCCCGCAAAAUUGAGCGUCCGGUUUUGAACUGACUGACUGUAGAAAACAUAAGUACGACGUGUUUCUGCUGAGUCUUCCAAACCUCUCAGACGUUUUCCUAGUGGCAAGGACACGGUUGUUUCUUUAAUUCUUAAAUUGCAGCAGUGAGCAAAUAAAGACAAGAACCAAACACUGUCUAAUUAUACCCGAUACAUAUUGGCUCGUUAAUAACUGACAAAUGUGUUGUCUUGGUAACAAGAGGAGUUGAAUGACUUGGCGGCAACUCUCUCCGCUGGCAUACGGUCCCCUGGCUCCUGAUUCAGAACAUCGUCUCACUACUGAACUGGACUUGUCAUCGUCUUUUCUCUCCCUCUCCGGUGAACGUUAACAGUUUAAAGCGUGAGCACAUGUUUUCUUAUGUCUCCAGUGCUGAAGCGAGCCACCAGCAAGAAGACAGGUGCCCGACGGGGACCCCCGGGAGAGGGGGGCGAGAAAUUCGCAGACACGUCGACUGCGAGCAUGUCCCGCUCCAGGGUGAACUACCGCAGCGGGCGGCGCGGCCCGGCUGCCUACCUGCGGCGCCAGGAGCGCAUGUUCCGCAUCUCCAUCCGCCGCAUGGUGAAGACGGACUCCUUCUACUGGAUCGUGCUCAGCCUGGUGGCCCUCAACACGUUCUGCGUGGCCAUCGUCCACCACAACCAGCCCGACUGGCUCUCCAUCUUCCUCUACUAUGCAGAGUUUGUGUUCCUGGGGCUGUUCCUGGCGGAGAUGUUCCUGAAGAUGUACGGCCUCGGGUUCCGGCUCUACUUCCACUCCUCCUUCAACCGCUUCGACUGUGGGGUGAUCGUGGGCAGUAUCUUCGAGGUGGUGUGGGGAUUCUUCCGGCCCGGGAUGUCCUUCGGGAUCAGCGUGCUCCGGGCACUUCGCCUGCUCCGGAUCUUCAAGAUCACCAAAUACUGGGCGUCUCUCCGGAACCUAGUGGUGUCGCUGAUGAGCUCCAUGAAGUCCAUCAUCAGCCUGCUGUUCCUGCUCUUCCUCUUCGUGGUAGUGUUCGCCCUGCUGGGCAUGCAGCUCUUCGGAGGCAGGUUCAUCUUUGAGGAUUACACUCCCACCAACUUUGACACGUUUCCAGCUUCCAUCAUGACAGUGUUUCAGAUCCUGACGGGCGAGGACUGGAACGAGGUGAUGUACAACGGGAUCCGAUCCCAGGGGGGUGUGCAGUACGGGAUGUGGUCCUCUAUCUACUUCAUCGUGCUGACUCUGUUUGGAAACUACACACUGCUCAACGUGUUCUUGGCCAUCGCCGUUGACAACCUGGCUAAUGCACAGGAGCUAACCAAGGAUGAGGAGGAGGAGGAGGCGUUCUUCAACAGAAGAUACGCUCGGAGCGGAGAGGGCUUGUUGUCUGAGGGGAGAAGACGGCCCUACCUCUACAGGAAGAGGGCCAUCCACCGGGGCCGGCCCGCCUUCCCGGAGGAGCCCGAGGCCGCGGAGGCGGAGGAGGAGCCCCCCCCCGCCGCCGCCGCCGCCGCCUUCCCCAACCGCCGCAACCGCCGCCGGAAGGUCCACAUGUCCGUCUGGGAGCAGCGCGCCAACCAGCUCCGCAAGCGCCGUCAGAUCGCCUCCCGCGAGGAGCUGUUCGGCAACCCCCCCGAGGACGCCGCCGAGACGCCCACCAGCGGCGGCCACCACGUGCCGGCGCUGUCCCCCGACGAGGCCAGCCCGGCCCCCCACCAGCCCGAGUCGCCCGUCUCCGCGGGCAUGCCCCUCCCGGAGCCCCCCAUGUCGGUGGUCAUCCCCAUGCCCGAGCCCCCGGACUCGGAGCCGCCGCCGCCGCCGCCGCCGGGGGCCGACGACCGGGCGGGCGGGGGCCACCACCGGGCCGCCGGCGGGGGUCGGCACCGGGGGGCUCGCAAGUUCAGGGCGGGGCCGGGGCCGGAGGACGGGGGGGCGCGGCACCGGCGGCACCGGCACCGCGAGGCGCGGCCCGAGGCCAAGAGCCUGGACUUCGGGCACGCGGCGCCGGAGGGGGGCGGCGGCGGGAGGAUCCGGAGAGCCGUCAGCCACGACAGGAAGGCCCUGGACGAGAGGGAGGAGAAGGAGGAGAGGGAGAGGGGGGAGAGGGGGGACCGGGAGGAGCGAGGGGAGCCGGGGGAGAGCGCGGGGGCGGAGGAAGGAGCGACGAUGGACGACGUGGGCGGAGUCGACCCCAACUCCGAGGUCAACAGCGAUCACAGACUCAGCUUGCCCGGCGCGGACUUCCCCGAGCCCCCCCAGUGCGAGCCGGCCCCCCUGGAGCCAGCAGGCCCCGUGGCGCUGACGGAGAGCAGCUGGCCCGGCGAGGGGGGGGCCGUGGCCGGCCACGGCCCCCCGGCCCCCCUGGAGGCGGCGGCGGCGGCGGGCGAGGUCGUCGAAGGCGCAGCGGCCGAGCGCAGGGGCCACCGCGCCUCUCUGAAGGCCGACCGGUCCAACGCCGAGGGGGGCGUGGUCAUCGAGAUGUGCCGACAGCCGCUGCUGGAGCGCGCCCCCGUCCCAGCGAAGAGCAAAGAGACGGAGCCUCUCACGUCCGAAACGGACAGAGACGAGGAGUCAGAGGACGAGGAGGAGGACGAGGAGGAGGAGGAGGAGGAGGAGGUGGCGCCGGUGCCGACGCAGCCCGCCGCGCCAGGCAGCAUGUUCCUCUUCAAGUCCACCAACCCUAUCCGAAGGAUCUGCCACUAUGUGGUGACUCUGCGCUACUUUGAGAUGACCAUCCUGCUGGUCAUUGUGGCCAGCAGCAUCGCCCUGGCGGCCGAGGACCCCGUGUGCGCCAACUCCGACAGGAACAAGGUUCUCCGGUACUUUGACUACGUCUUCACCGGUGUGUUCACCUUCGAGAUGAUCAUCAAGAUGAUCGACCAAGGCCUCAUCCUCCAUGACGGCUCCUACUUCAGAGACCUGUGGAACAUCCUGGACUUCAUUGUGGUGGUGGGGGCGCUUAUUGCCUUUGCUCUGACGAAUGUGAUGGGGAACAACAAAGGCCGCGACAUCAAGACCAUCAAGUCUCUCCGGGUGCUCCGGGUCCUGAGACCACUCAAAACCAUCAAGAGGCUCCCCAAGCUCAAGGCGGUGUUCGACUGCGUGGUCACGUCGCUGAAGAACGUCCUCAACAUCCUCAUCGUGUACCAGCUCUUCAUGUUCAUCUUCGCCGUCAUCGCCGUGCAGCUCUUCAAGGGGAAGUUCUUCUACUGCAACGACAGCUCCAUGAACACGGAGAAGCAGUGCCAAGGCUACUACAUUGACUACAGCAGAGACAAGAAGGAGGUCAAGAGGAGGGAGUGGAAGAGACACGAGUUCCACUACGACAACGUGUGCUGGGCUCUGCUCACGCUGUUCACCGUCUCCACCGGAGAGGGCUGGCCUCAAGUCCUCCAACACUCCACGGACGUGACGGAGGAGAACAUGGGUCCGAGCCGCGGCAACCGCAUGGAGAUGUCCGUGUUCUACGUGGUCUACUUCGUGGUCUUCCCCUUCUUCUUCGUCAACAUCUUCGUGGCCCUCAUCAUCAUCACCUUCCAGGAGCAGGGAGACAAGAUGAUCCAGGAGUGCACUCUGGAGAAGAACGAGCGGGCCUGCAUCGACUUCGCCAUGAGCGCCAAGCCCAUGACGCGCUACAUGCCCCAGAACCGGCAGACGGUGCAGUACCGCCUUUGGCACUUUGUGGCCUCGCCCUCCUUCGAGUACACUGUGCUGGUGAUGAUCGCCCUCAACACCGUGGUGCUCAUGAUGAAGUACCACUCGGCACCGGCGGCUUACGACACGGUGCUGAAGCACCUCAACUCGGCCUUCACUGUGCUCUUCUCCAUGGAGUGCAUGCUCAAGAUCAUGGCCUUUGGCAUCGUGAACUACUUCAGAGACACGUGGAACAUCUUCGACUUCAUCACGGUGCUUGGCAGCAUCACGGAGAUCAUCGUGGACCUGCAGUCGCUGAACUCCAUCAACAUGAGCUUCCUGAAGCUCUUCAGAGCCGCCCGACUCAUCAAGCUGCUGAGGCAGGGCUACACCAUCCGAAUCCUUCUCUGGACCUUCGUGCAGUCCUUCAAGGCCCUUCCGUACGUGUGUCUCCUCAUCGCCAUGCUCUUCUUCAUAUACGCCAUCAUCGGAAUGCAGGUGUUUGGAAACAUCAAGCUGAACGACGAGAGCCACAUCAACCAGCACAACAACUUCAAGACCUUCUUCAGCGCGCUCAUGCUCCUCUUCAGGAGCGCGACCGGGGAGUCGUGGCAGGAGAUCAUGCUCUCCUGUCUGGGGGGUCAGGAGUGCGAGCCGGACCCCUCCAUCGACCCCAUGACCGUGUCCCCGGACCACCUUGGAGGCUGCGGCACCGAGUUCGCCUACUGCUACUUUGUCUCCUUCAUCUUCUUCAGCUCCUUCCUGAUGCUGAAUCUGUUCGUGGCCGUGAUCAUGGAUAACUUUGAGUACCUCACACGGGAUUCCUCCAUCCUCGGGCCCCAUCACCUGGACGAGUUUGUCCGCAUCUGGGGAGAGUUCGACCGCUCGGCGUGCGGCCGCAUCCACUACACGGCGAUGUACGAGAUGUUGACUCACAUGUCGCCCCCGCUGGGUCUGGGGAAGAAAUGCCCUGCCAAGAUCGCCUACAAGAGGCUGGUGCUGAUGAACAUGCCCGUCGACGAGGACAUGAGUGUCCACUUCACGUCCACGCUGAUGUCUCUCAUACGCACCGCCUUGGACAUCAAGAUCGCCCGAGGUGGUGAGGAUCGCAUCGGUCUGGACUCUGAGCUCCAGAAGGAGAUCAGUGUGAUCUGGCCCUAUCUGCCCCAGAAGACCCUGGAUCUGCUGGUGCCCAUCAACAAAGACACCGACAUGACAGUAGGCAAGAUCUACGCCUCCAUGAUGAUCAUGGACUACUUCAAGUCGAACAAAGCCAAGAAGCUCCGACAGCAGCUCGAAGCACAGAAGAGCAGCUUGAUGUUCAAGCAACUGGACGCUUCCACUCUGCCUGAAGACAUCCUAUCCAACAGCGAGCCACUCACCUUGAUGGGGCACAGCGCCGGCUCUGCCCUGACCAGAGGAGGCUUCCUGGCUCUGAGUCCCAUCUCACCACAGGAGCUGUUUCUACCUCCCGUGAGCUCCGACGCCGACUCCAGCCAGCACCAGUCCAUGGUGGGGGAGAGCGGUAGAGGAAUAGGAAGCUCCCUAGCGCCCCCACUAGGGCGGGGCCUAGCGGCGCGAGCCGCUUCCAUGCCCCGUCUGGCAAUAGACACACAGCCCACGGAGGUCGCGGGCGGCGGCUCCAUGAAGCGCUCCGUCUCCACGGUGGCGGACGAGCGGGUCAAUGGUCUGUGGCAGGAAGAGGAGGCGGCCAGCCCCGACCGGGUCUACCGGCCGCGCCACAAGAGCUACAAGGUCGCCGUUUCUCGCUCUGACCGCUGGCACGCGGGCAGCAGAGGAGAGCGGGAGCGUGGGCGGUCCAAGGAGCGCUGCCACCUCCUCUCCCCAGACGAGUCCCGUUGCAACUCGGCCGAGAGGAGCCAGCAGCCCUCCCGCAGCUCCAGCAUAGAGAGAACGCACCCCCGCGAAAAGCAGGGCAACAGCUCCGAGAGCCCGGUCCCGUCCACCUCCGAGUCCAGCACCCCGAGCUCGCGCCGGCCCACCUCCCAGGCGGCCGCCCGCUCCCACCCCCACGUCUCCUACUCCCCGCUGGUGUGUCACGCGACGCCCCGCGUGGGCGAGGAGGAGGCCGAGGCGGGCGACGAAGAGGAGGAGGAGGAGGAGGAGGAGGAGCAGCAGCAGGGCAGCCCGGAGACCAUGAGGCGGGGCCGACCCUCGUGGAAGGGCCCGCAGCAGGGGGCGUCGGGCGAGCGGCGCGGCGAGCCGGGCCGCCACCACCACCACCACCACCACCACUCGCCCCCGCGCCGCUACCCCUCGGAGCCCUUCCUGGCGUCCCAGGAGGACGACCACAGCCCGGACGCCGGCGGCCCCGUGGAGACGCUGACCUUCGAGGCGGCCGUGGCCCACAGCCUGGGCCGGUCGAACACCGUGACGGCGGCGCACUCGCGCUCGCGGAGCGGCUGGCAGAUCCCCAACGGCGGACACUUCCGGAAACGCAUGGGGCAGGCGGCGUCCAUGGCGGCCGGGGACGCCCUGAGUGACACUGAAGAGGAGGACAGGUGCUGAGCAGAGGCGAGGAGAGGCAGAGGCAGACCCAAUCACAGAGGUGUCGGAGAAACACUCACAAGGAGCCGAGGAGGGCACGGCGUCACAGUGGGGGGUGUUGAAGUGUACAAAGCUGACUGCUGCUGCUGCUGAAUGUUCCGGAAAACAAAGUGAACUUUAAAUGAAUGGAACCUAGGAGCAGUGUUUUCCUGAAGCUCGUAGUGUCCGGUUCACACACAGAACAUUAUAAAGAAAAAGGUAUUUAAAUGACUGGGAUUGGAAUUGGAUAUUAGUAAUAUGCACCCCAGAUAUUCCCUUGUGUACAUGGUAUGUCACUUCAGUGAAUGGGAGGAAUUAUGAAUUAUGGGCGGAAUGAAUAAAUGUCAUUCAUGUCAAUAGGUAUCGUCAUUUCCAGAGGCGUUGAUAACCAUGCCUCACUGUUGCUUUUUACCGUGCGUUGGACGUGUGGACAUAUACUAUGGGACAAAGGGGGACCGGACUUUCCUUUAAAUAUACCUUUUUUUCCGUAUAUACAUGCUGAUCACCGAGCCAUUUUCCAUCCAUUUUUGCCAGUUUCUUUGACCGGAUGAACACAGCUGGAUGAUUGGACAGUUUAGACAUUUGCUGGUUAAUGUGGUGACUAAUAUAGCCACAUGAAUGCAAUAGAGUUGUGAUAAUAUAUUGCUGAUGUUGAUAUUAUUAAAUGUGAAAGAGAGGGAGGUUUGAGGGAAGAGAUGUUAGUAACCAGAUUAAAUACAUUAUGAGUUAUACGUAAUGCAUAAUUUAUACAUAAUUUGUACUAAAUAAUUUGCAUAGAUCUAUAAUGUCUAACUUUUUAGCUGGCUUUUUUGUAGGCCCUCCCUUUCUCCACCUUACAAUUUUAGGAACUUUUUAUAUUUUCAAUUGAAAAAUACUGUGGUAUAUGAAAAAUAAUAAGUAAAUACUCAAACUAAAUGAUAAUUUUAGCUCUUUAAAACUCUUUAGCAAUUGUUUCUUGUUUUAGAAUAUUGAUAAAAAAAAAAUAACAUUGCAGGCCACUGUACAGAAACUGUAGACUUCAUGACAUACCAUUGCUUCACAAAUUACUAAUUCUAAUUACUAAUUAUGUACAGGAGAAACGCUUUCCGUAAGAUUUAACAAAAUAACGAGUGGCAAACCCCUAUUGAGCUGGUUUGCUUUGAAUCCUAAUACAUUUCUGCAAUGUUCAAAGGUAUCUGUAUUUGUUUAAUUUGCCUGAAGUUGGCCGAUUCUGUGAGACUCACUUAACCAAAAACAUGAGGGUAUGUACCAUAAUUUACUGGAAUGCAAUUAAUUGUUGGUUUUUAUGUGUACAAUACUUGUAAAUACAAAUAAAGGUGUCAUCAAGUUGCA